CUAUUUAUCAAAUCUAAUGAGUAAAAUCACAAGUAUAAGCUAAAAAACAUCUUCUUAGAUUGAAAGUUCUUCAUAAAAUUUGCAAUCCUAAGGUAAUGGAGGCAGAUUCAAAGUAAAAUUGAAGGAUUAUAAUUUUUAGGAGGAAUUUGAGUAAAUGGAAAGAUAAAUAAAGAAUAGUGGAGGGAGUAGUUUUGUAUAGUAAUAUUCAAGUGUUGGAGGAGAGAAUUAGAAAAAUGUAAAAUUGGUCUAAAUUUUAAGUUUUAGGAAGAUGGAAAUAUAGAACUGGAAACAUAGAAAUUUGAGUCUUCUUAGGCAUAAAAUAGCUAAUUUGGAAGAUUGAAUGGGAAUGUAAUUAGUGUUAUAAUAAUGUUAAUAAUCAGAGUUCAUCAAUGAGAUAGAAUGGAGAGACGGAAGAAAAUGGUAGUUAUGAAGGAGUAAUGUAAAGCCAAGGUCAAUCAUUUUAAAAUGCAUAAACUUCUUCUGUAUUUGUUGAUUUUAAAGAUAGAGCUCUCAUUAGGCAAGCUAUUAAACACAAACAAUAGUUACAAAAACGAUAACAACAUCACAUAGAAUAUCAUAGUCCGGAGAUUAAGGAGAAGUAUAGAUAAAUAAAUAUAUAUAGAUGGAGGCUGGUGGAUAUGAAAUGAUGAAUGGUUAAGGUAGUAUGGAAGGGGAAGCUUAUGGAAGUGCAUCAGCAGUAUUAAUUAUAUAUUAAUCAAUAUUAAAGUAGUAUAUAUAUGGGGGAUACAAUCUUUAAGCUAAUCAUGCUAGUCUUGAAGGAGGCUUGUCUCUUAAUAAAUAUAAUUUUUCUAAUGCUUCUUUAAAGGUUAUUAUAAAAUUUAUUAGUUAUUAGGAAAAAUAAUUUAAUAGUUCAUCAGGAAAAGUUUAGAUGGCAUGUGAAGCUGCUAUGGCUGCUGCUCUAAGAAAAUAAGAAGAGGCAGCAGCUGCAGGAGGAGCUAUGGCAAGUUGGGAGUUAUAAAUGAAAGCUAUGGCAGAAUUAAAGGCUCAAUAUUAAUUAUCUGCAAAAAUAACUGUGAAAUAACGAUCUUUUUUAAUGUAUGGUUAUGGUUUUAGAGGCAAAGAUGCUAAACCAUAAAAAUGUGAUGAUGAAGAUUUAAAUAAACAAAAAUGUGAUGAUGAAGAUCUUAAUAAAAAUAAAUGUGAUGAUGUAGAAUAAGAGAAACCAAAAGAAGGAUUAAAUUUUGCUGUUUGUGAAGCAGAAUGUAUAGAAAAGCCAAAGAAAAAAAAACCAGAAGAUUUAAAUAGUGUUCCAUAAGAUGCAGAAGAAUUUACUAAAAAGAAAAAACCAAAUGGACCAGAAGAAUAACCUUGUGAACCAGAAGAAUUCAAUAAAAAGAAAAAACCUGAAUUAGAAAAGCAAUAAUGUGACCCAGAAGAUUUAAGUAAAAGCAAAAAUAAACCAACUACCUUAUCUCCUAAUAGUUAUUUUAAACCAAGAAGUGAAGAUUAUAUUAGAUUAAUACCUAGAAGUCCAUCUUAAGUGGUUUAUCCAGUUAGUUCAGUAAGAAAUAUUAUAAUGCCAUAACUUGUAACUUGUGAACCAGUUCAUGUAAUUGAUAAAUAAAAUUUUAGGUUGCAAAAUAACCAAUAUUAACUACAUGUUUGAGUGUGAGACAGCCAAUACAACCAGUUAUCAUUUAAGAAGAAGUUGUACCAACUAUUUUAUAAGGAGUAUAAUAUGGAACUCCAAGACCUUUAAGAUAGAGGGAAUCUUUCUAACCUAUUUAAUAAUAGUUAGUGGCUGUAUAACCUCAAACUGUUUAAUAAUAAACUUAUAUUUAAGUUCAAGCUUAACCAACUAUUUAAUAACAAAUUGUUCAAGUCUAAGAAAUGCAACCAUUACAAUAAGUAGUGAUGGUAUAACCUAUUCAUAAAGCUGAAACAUAUUCAUAAUAACUUAUUCAAGUUUAAUAACCUCAUGCAAUUGGUUAAGCUGUUUAAAUAACAGCCUAAUAAAAUCAUUAUGCAAGUGCUUAAACAAUUUAAUUGGUGACUUAAUAACCUUAAACAGUUACCUCUGUUGCUUAACCUGUAAUUUAAUUGUAGGCAGUAUAAUAAGAGAUGAUUCCUUAAGUGGCUAUGCAAUAAUAAUUAAUGAUUCCUUAAAUGACUCUAUAAAAUUAAAUCACUUCCUAGCCUUAAGUAGUCUUGUAACCAACUUAAUAAUAAUAGACUAUGGUAGUUUAAACCUAGCCUGUUUUGUAAUCAUAAACUAUUUAAAUGUAAUAGCCUAUUUUAUAAAUAUAACCCUAAUAAACUAUACAAAUAUAAUAAACAUAACAAGUAAAUUAUUAUUCAAUCCUAUACUAGGUUACAUCUCCACUGAGGUAACAACAGUUGGUUUUAUAGUCUUAAAUACCCUUAAAUUAUUCCACUCAGCCUAUUGAGCUUUUGUAAAGAAGUUAAUCUCCUACACAUAUUCCUGUGGGGUAACAGUAAUUCAAAUUUUAAAAUAUCCUUCACAAAGUGUGAAAAUCAAAUAGAAAUAUAUAUUUAUUCAAAUAUAG